AUGGCUACUAUUUCUAAAUUGAACCAAACAGAAAGGGAUACACUCUUAUCCCCUUUAUUAUCCUCUAGUCAAAAGUGGGACCUUGUUGAGAACAGGGAUGCUAUCAAAAAGACUUUCACUUUUCAAAAUUUCAAUGAAGCGUUCGGUUUUAUGACACGCAUCGCUUUGAAAGCUGAUAAAAUGGAUCAUCAUCCAGAAUGGUUCAAUGUUUAUAAUCGUGUUGAAAUCACUUUAUCUACGCAUGAUUGUCAAGGUUUAUCGUCAAGAGAUAUUGAACUGGCUAACUUCUGUGAUAGCAUAGCAGGAUCCAAUAAGUAG